CCUUGCUCCACGCCCAGCGUUUGGGCGGUGGGACGGCUCGGGAUGGGAAUAUAAGGGGUGAGUGCAGCUGUUGGUCAGCACAGACUUCGUGCAGUCUCAGCACCAUACCAUGAGCUCUCAAUACACCCGAGGCAGCAGCCGGACCUUGGGGUCCCGCAGUCUGUCGGGGACAGGGUCAGGCAUGCGGGCAGGCAGUCUGCACGGCCUCGGCAGCAGCCGCAUCUCCACCGCUGGCCGAGCCAUUAGCUACGGCAUGGGCGCCAGUCUCGGCAUGGGCUCCAGCAUGGCGUUCAGCUCUGGGGGCGCCUUCUCCUCCUCCUCCUCCUCCUCCAUCGUCGCCAACGAGAAGCAGACCAUGCAGGACCUGAACGACCGCCUGGCCGCUUACCUGCAGAAGGUGCAGUCCCUGGAGAGGUUCAACAACGAGCUGGAGCUGCAGAUCAAGGAGUUCUACCAGCAGGCGGGUCCCGUCGCCCGCGACUACAGCGCCUACUGGGCCACCAUCAACGGCCUCCGGGCCCAGAUCAAUGACUUGAUCCUCGCUAACUCCGGCAUCAUGCUGCAGAUCGACAAUUCAAAACUAGCAGCCGAAGACUUCAAGAACAAAUUUGAAACUGAGUUGGCCAUCAGAACAUCAGUUGAGAAUGAUAUUAAUGGACUGCGUACAACGUUGGAUAACUUGACCCUGGAGAAGAGCCAGUUGGAGACAGAGAUUGAGAACCUGAAGGAGGAACUCAUUUACAUCAGGAAAAAUCAUGAGGAUGAGCUGAAGAGCCUGAGGGGUCAGGUAUCUGGCAAUGUCUCUGUCAGUGUUAAAGCUGAACCUUCUGUGGACUUAACCAAGACUCUGGAAGAGAUUCGGAAAAGAUAUGAGGAAUUGAUCGGCAAGAACAGGCAGGAGGCUGAAGACUGGUACAAGCAGCAGUUUGAGAGCAUACAGCAAGAAAUCAGGGUCAAUGUUGGAGCCCUUGAUGUGGAGAAGGGCCAGCUCAGCCAACUGAGGCACACCUGUCAGGGACUGGAAACUGAGCUGCAGACCUUACAGAGCAUUAUUGCAUCUCUGGAAGGAAAUCUGAAUGAGAUCGAUUUACGCUACUCUGAUGAGAGAGGCAAAUUGCAGGCGACUAUCAAUGGACUGCAAUUGAAUCUGAGUGAGCUCCACAAUAAACUCCAAGCUAUGGGCGAGAACUACAGAGGGCUCCUGAAUAUUAAAAGCAAGCUGGAGGCAGAACUUGCCACGUAUCGCAGACUGUUGGGUGGAUACGGGGGUCAAUCCUCCAGCAUCCAAACUUCCACUGGCCAAGCAUCAACUAUACAAAAAACCAGUGACAUAAAGAAGACUGUGGUCAAGGAAGAAAACAGACCUGUUAUUUCAACCAAGACCAAAACAUUCACAUUGGUGGAGGAGGUGGUUAAUGGAAAGGUGGUGUCUUCACGUAUGGAGGAGGUUGAAACUUCAUAGAGAAUUAAACAAGAGCUUCUUUGGAAAACAACAAAAGAGAUCUUCAUGCACAAUUAACACAGAUGUCAAUGAUUUUCCACUUUCUGUAUCCCUGGGAUGUGAAUAAAACCUUGGGAAAACG